AUGGCGACUCCGGCGUCUCAGUCUGACCAAACGCGGGACUUGAGCGGAGCCGUGGGGCCGGGUGCAGGACGGCCAAGCCCAGACGGUCCGGAGCUGUCCAACGACUCGCCCGAAGGGCGCAGGACGUCCAAAAGACGAAGGAUCGCGAUAGCUUGCAGCGCCUGUAGGAGCAAGAAAUCUCGGUGCGAUGGCCAGAGGCCAAAAUGUUCGUCAUGCCAGUCGCAGAACAUCGACUGCGCCUAUGCACAGACGCCGUUGCCCGGCACCAUACCCAUGCCAAAGAUAUUUCUCCAGCUUAUGGAGACCAGGGUGGCCAGUUUGGAGAACGACGUUCAGCAGCUAAAACAGCAACAAUCUGGCAGCUUCUCGAGUCAAGUCUCGCAAGCUGAUGCUGCAUCCGGCAGGAGAAUGAGCGACCCGAGACCUGAUGACGAGAUGUUUGAGUCGAGCGUAUCUCCGGAUGGCACCGACGGAGUGGGCUCUAUUGAAUUUACUGAUGAGAUGGAUUCCGGCUAUUUUGGGCCAUCUUCAAACAUUGCCUUCACGCGCAACAUCAAGGAGGCACUGGGCUUUUUGUUGGGCUCUCGUCAAGACAUCCGCAACCAGAGCGCUGGUGUGGCAAAGGCGCGGCAGACAAUGCUGCACGUCUCGAGGCCACCGUCGCCAAGCCCACGCAGCUCAGAAGCUUGGAUCAAUGACAAGGGUGGUCAAGAUUGCCUUCGAAUGCCACCUUCAUACCAGAUGGAAGCACUUAUGGACCAGUUUUUUGCCGACCCUGGGGCCUUAUUUCCGUAUGUUCACCAAGAAACUUUCAUGGGAACGUAUUGGGAAGUCAAGCGGUCAGGAUUCAAGAGAUUUAGGCGAUCAUGGCUUGGGUUACUCAACGCUAUCCUUGCGGUAGCAACAGCGGCUAGCACAAGUGUCACACUCACUUCGAUGAACAGGGCUGCUCGUGCAGAAGUUUUCUUCGCUCGUGCCCACUCAUUGUGUAUGAACCAGAUGAUCGGCGGCGCAAAUGUCGAGACUGUCCAAGUCAUGCUUUUGAUGAGCCAGUAUCUACAGGGAACACAUCGCUCGAUGAAGACAUGGAACAUACACGGGCUCGCUAUCAAAGCUUGCUUUCAGCUUGGCCUCCACUCAGAAAAUGCGCUUAAGAGCCGAACCCCCCUUGAACGCGAGAUUCGUGCACGCACUUGGUUCGGAUGCGUGUUACUAGACAGGACCCUGAGCAUGACCUUUGGUCGUCCUCCUUCGAUUCCUGAGACCUACGUACGGGUAUCUCUUCCACAAUUGUAUGAACAGCACAUGUCCCCUGAGACUUCUGAUAGAAUGGCUGAGGCGCAGUCGACUCAGUUCUUUGUCUCCGCCAUCAGCAACCUCGGGACCUCGUCGAACAACAGCAUCACAACGUUGGCUUCCAGCGUGCUUCAAAUUGAACACCAAUUCUUAGAGUGGCAGUCCAAUUUGCCACCGUUCCAAGGCCUCAUUACGCCAGAAGACCUUCCUUCGAGUGACGAAUACUCUCUCGCGCGACGGCUGCGCGUUGUCCUGACGUUGAGGUAUCAUAAUCUCCGAAUAUUGGCACAUCGCCCCAUCCUUGACAAAUGUCUCGAAGCUGCUAUAGGUGGCGAGGCCAACGCAGCGGAAAUAUCCAUGCUUAACAAGGUCGGAUGGCGAAGCAAGAGCAUUUGUGUUCAGUCUUCUUCGGCUUUGAUCAGUAUUAUCCACGACAUCACCAUGGCACCAGAGCCUAAAUGGAGGCUGCUGGGUGCAUGGUGGUUCUCUUUGUAUUACGCGUUCAAUGCGGCCCUCACGAUCAUCGCCGUCUUACUCACUGAGGAAUCUGUGACGUCGACUUCCACCUUUGAUGCGAUGGGAAUCUCGGAAGGGUUGUUACACGCGACGUUAGACCAAGCAAUCAGCAGUCUACCUCUCAUUGAUGUCGGUAAUAAGAUGGUUGAGAAAUGUGCAAAAUUCGUUACGACUCUACGCUAUUACCUCAACAUGCUCAAAUCCUCGGAUAGUGCGAGCAACACCACCACAGAGUCGCCUGUAAACCACGUAGCGAAUGCUAGUAACGGUUCCGGGGUGGAAUCUUUCAAUAUCCUAGCGGAUAUGAGCCACGUCGAAGCUGGGUUCGAGUCAGACUUCUUCUCGACACUAAACCCCGACUUCACUACCAUGUUAUAUAACGCGGAUGUCUUUUUCUAG